UUUUGUUGUGUAGACCACAGCACUGUACGCAGCUACCUGUAGGUUUGCUGGGAUAUCAGGCUUAAAGUGUGGAAUUGGGCCAUCUUUUCCCUUAAAGCUUGGAGUUUGAGGGGUUCUGUCUGGGACAAACGCAUAGACAGGAAGAAACUCAGAAACUCAGAGGUUUGUACGAGGAGCGGCCUGCAUCAUGUCCGGCUCGAUACCCUUCUACCAGAAGCACCAGCGCCACUACGACCGCGGCUACCGUAGCAAGGAGACGGAGUCCAAACUGAGCCAGUACCAGUCCAGCAGCAGGUAUGCUGCCGCCGCCAGCAGCAGCAGCAGCGUCUCCUCCGCCAUCAGCACCAGGAGCAGGGGACUCAAAGUGUCCUCACACUCUGGGCUGGAGGAGAGCAGACUCAGCCCCAUACCCAAGAGAGCCAAGCCAACUUACUUGGCUGUGGAUAAAGAGAACCAAAUCAUCGGCUAUGUAGUGCCAAUCUUCAGGGGCAGCCCAGAGUUCGCUACAAGAUUUUCAGAUUCAGAGGAAGCGAGAGGGAGGGGCACUGCAGGAUACAUGGCCCGCAGGGAUUUGUUCACCAGUGGUCUGGAGAUGGAGAGGUCAGAGCAGAUCUCCAGGAGGGAGGCCAUGCGCGAGUCGGCCGAACGCAUCUCCCUGAACAAAAGGAUCCAUGAACACGAGGAGCACUUCAAGCGCAUGAACGAAGACAGCCUGAUGCACUCCCCAGAGUUUGUGAUUAAGCCUCGCUCCCACACUGUGUGGGAGAAGCAAUGUGUGCGGCUGCAUUGCACCGUCAGCGGGUGGCCCGACCCCCGAGUCGUCUGGUACAAAAACAAUGUGGCAAUUGACCCUCUUGCCAACCCUGGCAAGUAUAAACUUGAGAGCAGAUACAGCGUGCACUCACUGGAGAUUAACAGAUGUGAUUUUGAUGACACGGCGCAGUAUCACGUCUCCGCUAUGAACACCCAGGGAGAGCAGUCUGCUUUCGCCUCCGUCGUCGUCAAGAGGUUCAAAGGUGACAUUGAUGAGAAUCUGCCAUCUCCCAGACAGGGCCCGGUGUCUGAGUACGGCAUCACCUUCCAGACUCACAUUGUGGAUAAGUUUGGUGUGUCGUUUGGAAGAGAGGGCGAGACCAUGAGUCUGGGGUGUACGGUCAUCAUCUACCCCGCUCUGCACCGCUACCAGCCAGAGGUCGAGUGGUACAGAGACGAUGUUCUGCUGAGUGCUUCUAAGUGGGCCAACAUGCACUGGAGUGGAGACCGAGCCACGCUGACCCUGACACACCUCAACAAGGAGGACGAGGGUCUCUACACUCUGCGGGUCACCACCAAGUCUGGAUAUGAAACCUACUCUGCUUACAUCUUUGUCAGAGAUGCUGAAGCUGAGGUGGAAGGAGCUCCUGGAGCCCCUCUGGAUGUUCGCUGUCUGGAUGCCAACAAGGAUUACAUCAUUGUCACCUGGAAGCAGCCGGCUGUCGAUGGAAGCGACUCCAUCCUGGGAUACUUUGUGGACAGGUGUGAGGUUGGAACCACCCACUGGAUUCAGUGCAAUGACACUCCGGUCAAGUUCGCCCGUUUCCCAGUCACUGGUUUGGUGGAGGGCCGAUCUUACACCUUCCGUGUCCGAGCCGUCAACAGGAGCGGUAUGAGCCGCCCGUCCAGAGUGUCUGAGCCGGUGGCUGCCAUGGAUCCAGCUGACCGAGCCCGCAUGAGAGGUACUUCUGCUCCCUGGACUGGCCAAAUCAUUGUCACAGAGGAGGAACCUGCAGAGGGUGUCGUUCCUGGCCGACCUCGUGAGCUGCAGGUGACAGAAGCAACCAAAAACUACGUGGUUCUGAGCUGGAAGCCACCUGGCGAGAAAGGCCUUGAAGGUGUCAUGUACUAUGUGGAAAAGUGUGUCUCCGGCACAGACAGCUGGCAGAGGGUGAACACAGAGAUCCCAGUAAAGUCUCCUCGCUUUGCGCUGUUUGAUCUCGCUGAGGGGAAAUCCUACAACUUCCGCGUCCGCUGCUGCAACUCUGCCGGUGUCGGUGAACCAUCCGACCCAACGGAGGCCACCACAGUUGGCGACAAGCUUGAUAUCCCAUCUGCCCCAGGAAAAGUAGUUCCCACCAGAAACACGGACACAUCAGUAGUUGUGUCCUGGGAAGCGUCCCAUGAUGCCAAAGAGCUGGUGGGUUAUUACAUCGAGAGCAGCGUGGUGGGCAGCAACGUGUGGGAGCCCUGCAACAACAAGCCUGUAAAUGCUACCAGGUUCAUCUGCCACGGCCUGAUGACAGGAGAGACGUACGUGUUCAGGGUGAGAGCCGUGAACGCCGCUGGACUCAGUCAGUUCUCCCCGGAGUCGGAGCCUGUAGAGGUGAAGGCUGCUAUUGCCUCUCCUGCUCCACCCUAUGGCAUCACCGUCCUGGAGUGCGUUCGCGACUCCAUGGUGCUCUCCUGGAAACAGCCAAACUUCAUCGGAGGUGCUGACAUCACCGGCUACUUUGUGGAUUACCGUGAGGUCAUCGAUGGCGUGCCGGGCAAGUGGCACGAGGCCAACAUCAGGUCUAUCAGCGAGAGGGCCUACAGGGUGUCUGACCUGAAGGAGAACAAGAAGUACCAGUUCCAGGUCCGAGCAGCCAACAUGGCCGGUGUUGGCAUCCCGUCGCUGCCCAGCAACACCUUCCUGUGUGAGGAGUGGACCAUCGCUGUGCCAGGACCUCCUUACGAUCUGCAGAUCAGGGAGGUGCGAAGCGACUCUCUGGUGUUGUUGUGGAAAGCUCCUGUGUACCAGGGCCGCGAUCCGGUCAACGGGUUCUACGUUGACAUCAAGGAAGCCGAGGCACCGGAGGAGGCGUGGAGAGGCGUCAACAACAAGGCUGUAGAGAAGUCAUUCAUCAAGAUUAAGAAUCUGAAAGAAGGACAGACAUACGUGUUCCGUGUUCGCGCUCAGAAUAAAGCCGGUGUUGGAAAAACCUCAGAUGUGACAGAACCUGUUCCUGCUGUGACCAAACCAGGCACUAAGGAGAUAGUUGUGGAUGUCGACGAUGACGGCAUCAUCUCCCUGAACUUUGAAUGCUGUGACAUGACCCCCGACUCCAAAUUUGUGUGGUCCAAGGAUUACGAGGAAAUAACAGACGCCUCCCGAAUGACUAUAGAGACCAAGGGAAACAAGUCCAAAGCUAUUUUCAACACUCCUGGGGAGGAAGACGUUGGCAUCUACUCAUGUCUCGUCACCCACACUGAUGGUGCUUCAUCCAGCUACACUUUCUCUGAGGAAGAGUUGAAGAGGCUGCUGGAGAUCAGUCAUGACCACAAAUUCCCCAUUAUUCCCCUGAAGUCAGAGUUGGCUGUGGAGCUGCUGGAGAAGGGCAGGGUUCGCUUCUGGCUGCAGGCCGAGAAGAUUUCACCAAACGCCAAAAUCGAUUACAUUUUCAACGAUAACGCUCUCUCUGCGGGGGAUAAAUACAAGAUGAACUUUGACAAGAACACCGGUGUGAUUGAGAUGAUCAUGGACUCUCUGACUCCGGCAGAUGAAGGCACCUUCACCUUCCAGCUGCUGGACGGGAAAGCGACCAACCAGUCCAGCUUGGUGCUGAUUGGAGAUGUGUUCAAGCAACUGCAGAAGGAAUCAGAUUUCCAGAGCAAAGAAUGGGUCAGAAAGCAAGGUCCUCACUUUAUUGAAUACUUGAGCUACGAGGUGACUCCAGAAUGCUGCGUUAUACUCAAGUGCAAGGUCGGCAACAUGAAGAAGGAGACGUCUGCGCUGUGGUACAAAGACGGACACGAGAUCAAAGCAGACGAACAUCUGGGCUUCACCGAGGGAGUGUUGAAGCUGGAAAUCGCUCAGAUUUCCAAGAAGGACGCUGGAGUGUAUGAGGUUGUCCUGAAGGACGACAGAGGAAAGGACACGUCCACGCUGAAUCUGACAGAUCAAGGUUUCAAAGACUUGAUGAAUGAAGUUUUCAGUUUUAUCGCCAAUUCCUCCACUCCACUGAAGGCCACAAGCACAGAUGAGGGCAUCCGGAUCUACACAUUUGUCAGCUACUAUAAUGAUUUACUCCAAGUCACAUGGCAUUACAAGGAUUCGGCCAUCGCCUUCUCGGACCGUUUGAAGAGCGGCGUGGUCGGAGAGCAGCUGUGGCUUCAGAUCACGGAUCCCACAGAGAAAGACAUGGGCAAGUACGCCAUCGAGUUCAACGAUGGGAAGGGAGGCCUCAGGAGGACCCUGGAGCUCUCUGGUCAAGCAUUUGAUGACGCUUUUGCAGAAUUCCAGAGACUCAAAGCUGCUGCUAUUGCAGAGAGAAAUCGUGCUCGAGUGGCGGGAGGCCUGCCUGAUGUGGUGACUAUCCAGGAGGGCAAGGCCCUCAAUCUCACCUGCAACAUCUCGGGCAACCCGGUGCCAGAGGUCACCUGGCUGAAGAACGACAGGGAGAUCACGUCCGACGACCACUGCAUCCUGAAGUUCGAGUCGGGCAAGUUCGCCAGCUUCACCAUCACGGGCGUGAACACGUCGGACUCGGGCAAGUACAGCAUCCUGGUGAAGAACAAGUACGGCACAGAGAGCGGGGACUUCACCGUAAGUGUCUUCAUCCCCGACGAGGCGGGCGGCAAGAAAAAGUAAAAGCGGUCCAAAUCUUGUCGUAAAUAUGUGUAAAUGAAAAAAAAAAAACAAGAAAAAAAAAAAACACUGGAAAAAAGAAGGGCUUGAGGAUGUGUUGUGUAGAAUAUAUCAACUCUAGAGGUGCUGAAUCUGAACAUCCAACAGCUCAGAGAGAAAUCCAAGAGAUGUAACGUCAAAAUGAUGAUAUGAGCACAUUUGGUCCAUUACUGGUGCAAUUUGUUGUUUGUGUAACAUUGUGGCAUGUUGACUUUAGAAGAAGAAAUCAGACGUUAUUUAACAAAGUAAAGCCAAAGGAUGCAACAAUGAGUCACUGAGGUGUUAGUGUGGAUUAAAUGUGUAUUAAAAAACAUGUUUUUACAUUUGCUACAAAUUACUUCACUGUUAAUGAAACAAAUAAGCACAAAGAUUGCAAAAUUAAAUUAAAUUAUGAAAUCCAAAGCAAACAAAAUCUGUAGCAAAUGUAUAAAAACAUGUGCGAUUUCAUCCGAUUUUCCAUGUCUGUUUGUUCCAUUGUAUUCACAGUCACUUUAAAUGUAACCAUCACAUCACUGAACACCGUCCGUCAGCUCACGUCUCCUCAUUAUUAUCGAUGUUAUUCACCGCUCUGUCCCCUCCACAGUCCAUCGAUACUGAUUAUGAAUGAUUGUCUCCUUUAUUUGUGAUGUCGAUGCCACUGCAAUGAAGAGCACUGUUAAUACCAACAGUAGUGAUUAUUGCCUCACUUCCUGUUCCCCUGUGUCUUGAUGAGACUAAUAAAAGAAAGCAUGUACUUCCCCA